UCCGGUGCUGUGCCCCGGAAGCGGAAGUGCGAUCUGUAGUCCGUCGGAGUCGGUGUAUUACUCCGUGGUCGCGGAAUCUGGGGAAGUCGUUUUCGCUUCACUUUUACCGGCGCUUCCUCCCCAGCGGGUGGGAGUGCGGGGACGAAGGGGCGCGAUGAGCACCAUGUUCGCGGACACUCUACUCAUCGUUUUCAUCUCUGUGUGCACGGCUCUGCUUGCCGAGGGUAUAACCUGGGUCCUGGUUUACAGGACAGACAAAUACAAGAGACUGAAGGCGGAAGUGGAAAAACAGAGUAAAAAAUUGGAAAAGAAGAAGGAAACAAUAACAGAGUCAGCUGGUCGACAACAGAAGAAGAAAAUAGAGAGGCAAGAAGAGAAACUGAAGAAUAACAACAGAGAUCUAUCAAUGGUUCGAAUGAAAUCCAUGUUUGCGAUUGGCUUUUGUUUUACUGCCCUAAUGGGAAUGUUCAAUUCCAUAUUUGAUGGUAGAGUGGUGGCAAAGCUUCCUUUCACCCCUCUUUCUUACAUCCAAGGACUGUCUCAUCGAAACCUGCUCGGAGAUGACACCACAGACUGUUCCUUCAUCUUUCUAUAUAUUCUCUGUACUAUGUCAAUUCGACAGAACAUUCAGAAGAUUCUUGGCCUUGCCCCUUCACGAGCUGCCACCAAGCAGGCAGGUGGAUUUCUUGGUCCUCCACCUCCUUCUGGGAAGUUCUCUUGAACUCAAGCAAGAACUCUAUAAUUCCUGUUCUUUUCAGAUACUCACAUCAGACUGGCAACUAUUUUGCAGCAAGAGCCAUAGGCAGCCUUAGCACUUGGGCCACUUUCUAGUUUUGAGUUAUUUCCAGGCCUUUUGAAUAUGAUUAGAAUGAAAAUAGCACCCAACAAAUAUAAUAUGCUUUUAGUCAUAGAUGAUUUUUUUUUAAAUAAAUGGGUUGAUUAGUUAAGUUCAGGUGAUGUUUCUGUAAUGAGAAACAAAUAGCAUCUUUCUUGUUUUACUUAUAUAAAUGUUUUCUGUGGGACCGACUCUCAAGGCUGUUGUGUGUACCAUGGAAGCUGGCUUUCUAUGAACAUUUAGAUAGCUAGAAGAAAAAUUUUGUUUGUAUAACUCUUAAUUGGAGCUAUUGUAUUGUUUUUUUCCAAGCCAAAUAAUGACUUGAGAUCAGUAAAGCGGCCAAAUUUUUAGCUAUUUUAUCUACAAAGAGAGAUCUGUUUUGUUCUGUUUUGCCAUAUUUCUUGAUAUAUGUUUUUAGUAAUCUGAACAUAAGGAUAAGUAUUGGCCAGGAAGGGCUAAAAUAAAAGUUUUUUAAUAUACUAUACUUUUUGCCAUCUUGCUUCAUAUGCUCAAAAUACAGAGUUGUCCUAGUAUAGGAAUUGGAAAAUAAGAGUGGAAAGGAAGCAAGGUUCUAAUUAUAUGUAGUUAAUCUUGCAGAACUUCCUUUUAUUAUAGUAACAAUGGACCUCAGUUUCUGCCAUGUUCCUCCAUAAGGGAGUGGGAUCCUUAUGCCACAAUCCUCACCCAUAAUCUGUGGAAUUAGGAAUCUUAUGUGGAGUAAUAACUCUAUCAAUAAAUAAAUUCAUCAAUAGU